UCCUGCCAUUAACGACCAUCCGAAAUUAUCAAAAUCAUGCAAUACUAAUUGAGCAAUAGGUCAUCCUCAAUGAAUGGUGAUUAACGGACUUUUCGUCCGAAGGUCGUGAAAGAAAAAAAAAUGUGACUAAGAAUUUUUCAAUAAGACAUUCAUAACCAUUAACGUGUGGUUAAACUACCGCAUGCUACCGAUGUGACGCAUCGAUGCCAUUGCCAAUGCUCAGCAAUGACAGCUAAGUCAUACCACACACUGACAAAUGCUGACACGCCUUAUUGUUUAGCAAUGAAGGGAGCAAGAGUUGUUCGUACGUGAGACGUUUAUUUUUCUUAGAGAAUAUAAGAAACGUGGUGUGUUAUCCCCUGCUGAUGGCCCCUCCAGUCCCACGUCAAUGAACUAGAGUGCAUUAGUGUUGGUCGAGAGUACGCUAGGCAUUUUUUACUCGUAAGGCACUCGGGUACCAAAUGCUCGACAGCUAGAGACAGCGCUACGAGCGUCAAAUUUUUAUUACUCUUACUGUUUAGAUGUGCCAGAUUAAUGGAUAUAUUUUUGAUCGAUUGGGUGGAUUUUUUUUGACUCCGGGCUCAUCCGAGGCUGAGGUUAGAUGAGGUGGUCUAGCUGAUUGUCACUGUGACAAUGGUGUGGAAGGAAAACGGCCAGCAUCUUGCCGUGGCCAUUUACAACUAUCGGCAAGAUGGUCCACACCGGCUGCAGCUCCUGGUGGGUGAUGUUGUUCAGAUCCUGGAGGAGACUGACGACUGGUACUUCGGUUGUACGAAGUACAAGGGCACCAGAGGAAUAUUUCCCAAGUCCUAUGCACAUAUUCUUCCUCAAUCGAGGAUCAUGGAAGCCCUAAUGCACGAGAUAACCAGUGUAUUGCGCGAAUGGGGUCAUCACUGGAAACAUUUAUACGUGACAAACUCCGAGAACUUUAAGCUGAUUCAUCAGCAGAUGUUGGAGCUGAUCGGCCACAGAUCGAAGAUCCUAAGUGGUAAACUAACAGUGGACGAGCUGAAAGACAUGAAGUGCUUGGCAACCUCACGUAUUGACACAGGAAAUCAAUUAUUAGGCCUAGACAUGGUGGUGCGUGACGAACACGGUAACAUUUUGCAUCCAGAGGAAACCAGCACAAUUCAGCUCUACUACCACCACGAGACAGCAGCCGAAAGGAUUCGUAGAGCGGCCACAGAGACAAAGAAGAAACCGCUGAAGCCACAGGUGCCAGUCUACUCACAUAUCUUCUUCGUAAGCGUUAGAAACUUUGUUUGUAAAAUGUCGGAGGACGUGGAGCUCCUGCUUACACUCUACGAUGGCCGAGAAAACCGGGCAAUCACCGAGAACUACGUCGUCUCCUGGAGCAAAGAAGGUCUAGCAAGAGAUAUCGACCAACUGCAUAAUCUGCGAGUCCUCUUCACAGAUCUGGGUUCCAGGGACCUCUCCAGGGACAAAGUCUACCUCGUUUGUUACGUAAUCCGCGUCGGGGGAAUGGAGGCAAAGGAGGUAGACCACAGACGUUCGUCCAUCGUCCAGCAGACAAACCACAAGGGCAAGUCCAGUGCUGACAGUAUGAGAAGACCCUUCGGAGUGGCUGCCAUGGACAUCACCCUUUACAUAACAGGAAAACUCGAGGGUGACGUUGAGCAUCACCAUUUUAUUCCCUUCGUUCACUGUGAGAAGGAGAGCCUCGAUGGCACCUUGAGACGAAUCCUCGCUCAGAAGGAAGCAGGAACCCUCAAGUCCUCGUCCACUGGAGGUAAUGGAAUCCCAGUGGGAGGUCAAGGCCUAUGGACGAGCUUGAAGCUCCUGCGAGGUGAUACGAAACAGGUCCGUGACGAAUAUCCCCACCUGGUCCUGGGGAAUGUGGCAAUAGCCAGGAAGAUGGGAUUUCCAGAGGUGAUCCUCCCUGGAGACGUCAGAAACGAUCUUUACCUCACUCUCGUCUCUGGUGAGUUCAGCAAAGGCUCGAAAUCCACUGACAAAAAUGUCGAGGUAACAGUGAGAGUCUGCAACGAACACGGUCUACCAAUUCCAGGUGUCAUGACUUUGGGUGGAGGUACUCCCUCAAUCAAUGAGUACCACAGUGUUAUUUACUACCACGAGGACAAGCCACGAUGGUGCGAGACAUUCAAGAUAGCGGUUCCAAUUGAAGAAUUCAAACAGGCUCACUUAAAAUUUACCUUCAAGCAUCGCAGCUCCAAUGAGGCCAAGGACAAAUCCGAAAAGCCAUUUGCAUUGAGUUACGUGAGACUUAUGCAGCGUAAUGGAACGACCCUGCAAGAUACCCAGCAUGAAUUGCUAGUUUACAAGAUUGACAAUAAAAAAUACGAGGAGAAUGAUAUUGCGUACUUCAAGUUGCCAUCGACUCGUGCUGAAUUAGUGGAAUUUAGUUCUGAGAAAAAGCCCGGCAUUGGAGCUUUGAGUUUAUCAUCUAAAGAUAGUUUUUUGCUGUCCACCAAUGUUUGCUCUACAAAGCUCACGCAGAAUGUUGAUCUACUGGGUUUGCUGAAUUGGGCGAGCAAACCUACAGAUCUCAAGGAAUCCUUGGCUGCUUUGAUGAAGGUUGAUGGGGAGGAGGUCGUUAAAUUUUUGCAGGACGUGUUGGAUGCUCUUUUCAAUAUCCUCAUGAGCAACUCUGACUGUGAUUUCUACGAUGACAUGGUGUUCGAGUGUAUUUUAUAUAUCAUUGGACUUGUCUCCGACAGAAAGUACCAGCACUUCCAACCAGUUCUCGAUCUGUACAUAUCCGACAGCUUCUCGGCUACUCUUGCGUACAAAAAACUCAUUGCUGUACUGAGGAAAAGGAUCGAUGGAGCCAGUUGUCAGUCCAGUGAUGGACAGGAGCGGGAUAUUUUACUGAAGACUAUGAAAAGUCUGCAGUACUGCAUGAGAUUUAUUGUCAAGUCCAGGAUGCUGUUUACUGAGUUGGGACAGAAUGAGGAGGAAUUCUCCCAGACUCUCACAGAUCUGCUCAAAUCUAUUGUAGAUCUCAUGAGGCAUGAGACCGAUGGCACUUUGCUGGUUCAGGGAGCAUGUUUGAAAUACUUCCCCACUACUAUUCCUCAUUUAUUGUUGGUGUACAGUGGAAAGCAGUUGAGUGUCAUUCUGACGGAGCUCCUCAUAACUCUGCCACCUGGGAGGCUCACCAAGCAGAAGAUGAUGACUGUUAAUGAUAUUGUUCACAGUCCUCUUUUUCUCAAUGUUGACUGCAGGGCCAUUCUCUUGCCGAAGAUUACUGUUCUCGUCAGGGAUCUUCUCGAGGCCAAGGAGGAGGGACUGUCAAGUACGUCUGGAAAAAGUGUGGCUAAGGUAGCUAGACUCCUUGGUGAGAAUCGGCAUCGCCUGAAUCAACACCGUGGCUAUUCUGAGGAGGUGGAAUUGUGCGUUAAGAUUUUGUCGGAUAUUCUUGAACUGACGUUCAGGAAGGACGUGGGUUCCACUAUCUCGGAUGUCAAGGAAAUUAUGAUAACAGCGCUGAGGACUGUUAUACAAACUAUUAUUCCCAUGGACAGGGAAAAUCCACUCGUAGGAAAUUUAGUAUCCGUGAUGCUCUCAAUAUUUAGACAAAUGACCACUCAUCACUACGAGGUUUACACGAACCACUUCGCGACCCCGUGUGACUUAUUGGAUUUCCUGAUGGAGAUCCUGAUGGUCUUCCAGGACCUCGUCUCAAAGCCAGUCUUCCCUCCAGACUGGAGUGAGAUGAUAAUGCUUCAGAAUAGCGUGAUCCUAAAAUGUCUACGGUACUUCUCCGUAACGAUCCGCAGUUAUUACUUCAAGGACUUCGAGGAACAGGCGUGGUCCAAUUUCUUCCACUGUGCAAUAGCUUUUCUAACGCAGCCCCCGCUGCAACUGGAGAACUUUACACCUUCAAAACGCAAUCGAAUCGUGAGUCGUUAUAACGACAUGCGUCGAGAGACGGCUUUCGAGAUUCGUUCAAUGUGGUUCAACCUGGGCCUUCACAAGAUCCUUUUCGUACCCGGGCUGGUAGGUCCCAUCCUCGAGAUGACUCUGAUUCCUGAGGCAGAACUUCGUAAAGCAACUAUUCCCAUUUUCUUCGACAUGAUGCAGUGUGAGUUUUAUUCAUCCCGCAUCACCGAAGGCUAUGGCGACACUAAGCGCGAGCCAAAACACAUGCGAGGCAAUUUCAAUAAAUACGAGAAUGAGAUGAUUGCUCAACUGGACAUACUGGUAGAGGGUGGAAGAGGUGAUGAGCAGUUCUGCUCGUUGUGGACAAAAGUGAUGGGUGAAUUGUGCGAGGGUCACUCCCAGCUGCGGGACCAGGGUUUAAGGUUCGUGGAUACAGUCGCUAAACUCAUGGAGCGACUCCUUCAAUACCGGGACAUCAUUCACGCUGAAUCCCAGGAGCACCGUAUGAUGUGCACAGUUAAUCUCCUCGAGUUCUACUCAGAGAUCAAUCGCAAGGAGAUGUACAUCAGGUACGUCAAUAAAUUGUGCGAGCUCCACCUGGAAUGUGACAAUUACACAGAAGCUGCGUACACUUUGAAGCUUCACUCUCAGUUAUUAGAUUGGAGCGAUCAGGCACUACCUCCACUUCUCCGCUCAAAUCGCUAUCCCGCAUGCAAUACUCACAGGGAACUCAAAGAGGCUCUCUACAACGACAUGAUCGAUUAUUUUGACAAGGGGAAAAUGUGGGAGUGCGCCCUGGGGGUCUGCAAAGAGCUCGUCGCUCAAUACGAGGAGGAGACAUUCGAUUACCUUCAACUUUCAAUCCUACUGAAGCGAAUGGCCAAAUUUUACGAUGCCAUUGUCAAGCAGUUUAGACCGGAGCCGGAAUACUUCAGAGUGGCAUAUUAUGGAAGGGGACAUCCUCCCUUCCUCCAGAAUAAGGUCUUCAUAUACAGAGGAAAGGAGUACGAGAGGCUGGAUGAUUUCUGCUCGAGAACGUUGAAUCAGUUGCCCAAUGUCGAAAAGAUGAACAGGCUUUCGCCACCCACUGAUGAGAUCAUGGAGUCCAAUAGUCAGUAUGUGCAGAUCAAUAAGGUAGAUCCUGUGAUGAAUGAGAAGAGGCAUCGGCUCAGUGGAAAGCCUGUCACUGCUGAAGCUAUUCUCAGGUACCACAGAGUCAAUGAUGUCAAGAUGUUCAGGUUCUCUCGUCCUGCUCCCAAGAGGGACACCACCUCGAUCACGAGUCAGGCGAGUCUUGAGAAGGAGAACUCAGAUGGAAGCUGUCGUGAUUCCAAAGCCAGUGCCAAUAGUAAUGAGUUCGCUUCGCUCUGGCUUGAGAGAACACUAUUAUGCACGAGUCAUCCACUUCCUGGGAUACUCAGGUGGUGCCCCGUUGUUUCUACUGAUACUUAUUUCGUCAGUCCUCUGAGCAAUGCCAUUGAGACGAUGGAGGCAACCAAUACUGCAAUCAGGGAUCUCAUCGUAGCUCAUAAAUCCGAUAUGAGUCUGCCGUUGAAUCCGCUGAGUAUGAAACUCAAUGGGGUACUCGAUCCUGCUGUUAUGGGGGGCGUUGACAAUUACGAGAAGGCUUUUCUCAAUCAGGGAUAUAAGGAGAGCCAUUUAAACGAGAGCGCUGAUUUAUUGAAGCUCGAGAGUUUGAUUGCGGAGCAGAUUCCUUUGCUCGGAGUUGGUGUUCAACUUCAUAAAGCCAGGGCACCUCUCGAGCUCGCACCAUUUCAUCAGAGGCUCGAGCAGUGCUUCGUGGCUAUGAAGACACAGGUUGAAGCGAAAUAUGGCAAGAGAACGUGUGAUCUUCAAAUUGAAGCGAUGACUCAGCCCGUAACCAUGAGAAGGCAUAAUCAUAACAGAGGGGACUCCCAUCGUCUCUCUGACAGUACGAGUAUAGUCAGCACAUCCGAUUCCGGUGUGCGGUCCAGAGUAUCUUCCCUAACGAGAUCACAAGUUGCGACACUCAAAUCGUUCGCAACAUUCAAUUUUAACAACAGUACAAAUAAUGCGGGUGUACAAAACGCCACUCUAACAAGGAAUAGUUCAGUCCGUUCUCACAUCCUAUCUUCCACGUCCCUGCACAAGGCCCUGAGUGCAUCGAGUACAGGGACGAGUAAGAAAAAGGACUCGAAACGCAGAAGCUCUCGGAAAUCGGACGCCACGGCGGGUAAAGAUCUGAAAGAAUCGACAUCCCAGUGGUACACGACUCCAGAGGUAUCGAGCUCCCCAGUGACAUCUCCAAUCUCGUCGAUGUCAUCACCAGUGGCGACAGCUACAUCUCCCCCAGUAUUUGAACUUCGCCAGGAGCUCACACCCUCUCGUCCCCUGCGCUCCGAAGUGGAGAAGGAGCGCAGAAUAAGCAGCAGAUGGUCUGGUCAGUCACAGGGAUAUUACCUGAGAAAUUUGAAUAGUCAGGAGGACAUCAGGAAGAACAGAGACAGUGUGGGAACAACUGACAGUACAGCCUCCGAGGACGAUCCACCGCCUCCUCUGCCAUUAAAAAUGAGGGAGGCUGAUUAUUGCAAUCUUCCACAGGAGAGCUCCAUUCCCCCAUGUGACAGUAUCGAUAAUGAGCCUGAGGACUACGAUCAGGGCUUCAUCGAGAGCCCUGUCAAGCCACCCACUCCACCUCCUAAACCUAAACGUCCACUCAAGCAUAAGAUAGCUCGUCUGGAUGAGGCCAACAUCAUGCAGGACUCAUCAAUCGCCUGACACUUAGAUUUAUCAAUGUUUUUGGAGAACUUUUUACGGAACAUUUAUUGCCAUUUGACAGUUACGAAGGUGUUUUUAUAUGUACCUUUUGUAUAACUCAAAAUAAUCGUUUAUUGGGUAACGGCGGUGUGCCAUUACGUAUUAACAAUGUACUUUAUUUUUGUACAAUUGCCUCCUGUUGUUUUCCACGUGCUCUAAUCCGAAUUCCUGCAGAGGGAAAAAUUUACGACGAUAAUUCAGGAUUUUAUGACUAUUUCGUUUUUCACUAAAUGACUCACUCAUUCGCGAAUUUAAUAGCCUAAUUUUUUAAUUAUAAUUGAAAGGGAAGUUCGAUAAUUGCAUGCAUUUGGAAUUAUUGAAGCAUACGUUGAAGAUGAAGGGAUUUAUAUGAUUAAGAUGUUUUCGUUAAAAAAAAACUGUCAUAUUGGAAUCAGAAGGUAUUUGAUUCGAAAUGGCGUAAUUUACUCCCUCUGCGCAUUAAUUACUCUUUUUAGAUAUAAAUAACGAUGAUUGUUACCGUCCGGUGGUUAUUCGAUGUUACGCACAAGAGUAAUAGUUCCGACAUGACAUUUUGAAUCUAAUCGACUCGACAAGAUAUGUCAAUGUGCUACGUGAUAAUGAUAAUUGAACUUCCUAAUAAUCAUUAUGAAAAUUUAGAUGAACUUAAGAAAACGCAAUGCUGAGAUACUUUCAAGGCCUUUUAGGGGAAUAGAUAUGAGUGUAGACCGUUGUACAUUGUUUCAACUCGUGGUCACAUUGAUUUAUUAAUUUAUUGGAAUAAUAAGAACAUUGACAGUGAGUUCGUAUGUUCAAGCCAAAGAACGCGUAAUGAUUUUACAGAGAAAAUUUAUAUAGCUAUAUAAUAAUUUUAUAUAACUUAUUUACAAGAAACCUGGACUGUAGGUAUUCUCCUUUUUGUAUUAAUCGUAGUGCCAUUUUUCUGAUCAAUUAUUAACUUUGGUUUUAUCAUUAGUGAAAAUGUUAUUGUAUUAUUUUUGGGACCAAUUAAACAAAUUUUAUACGUUCAUUAAUAUGAGAUUGGGUGUCUGUAUUAGUUAC